AUGCAAGUUACAAGAAUUGUGUCAAAGCACCGGCUAAGGUAUAGACAAGCACGUCUUCUCUUCCCAUUGCUUCUUCCACUGUUGCUAUACAUCGGGACACUUCAUUUGGUAACAACUGUUUCUGUUUUGGUGCUAUUUCUGUUCGCUUGUUCGAAUAUCAUUAUCGCAAUCGCCCCAUCCAGUUGCUCAUUAGAGAAUGCUUCUAUAAACCGCAAGCUUUGUGACAGGUUAGAGUUUCUAAGUGAUCCUGAUGUGAUCUACAGAUGUUCACUGGUUACUUUUUUCUGUUGGUAUUUAACAAUGCUUAUACCUGUUAAUAUGGAGAAUAAAUUGCUUUAUAAGGAAAUACUGGCAUACAAUGUUUUGGUUAUCGUGUGUGUACAUCUAAUUCAAAUUAUAAGGAAUAUAUAUGCAACCGAUUUCCCUCAUACUAUCUUAUCAAGUUCUCAAACUUUUGGAAAUAAUUUUACAAAAAACAAAAAACAACUUACGAUAUUUGGUUUGUGGAAACAUACCAUCUCUUUAUUCUGUGAUGCUAAUAAACAGGACUGUGAAGAAGAUUGGUACUUCCCGUCGAUGAAUAUUUUCGUGAAUAAGAAUAAUCGACCAUGGUCAAUACUUCUGUUCAUUACAUAUAUCAUCUUCACAUUUUAUACCAUGAAUUUAGCACUAACUUCUGUGUGCACACCGAAAGUAUACUUCGACUGGUUUCUGCUUCCAAACGAUUGCUCAUAUAUUUAUGAUGUCUACAGCAGAGCCUGGGUAUUUGUUGGUGCACUUUUAUGGCUGAUCAGUUCUCUCAUACCUUUCAGCCUUUUAAUUAAUGAAAUCGCAGUUUUCAUACAAAGUCGUUUGCAGAAAUCGUAA